CCCCCGCCCCUCGGGGCUCCCUCCCCGUGCCCGUCCCGCGGAGCCUCGCCGUGCCCGGUGCCAGAGCAGCGGGGGCGGCCAUGGGGAAGGAUUAUUACCGCACGCUGGGGCUGUCCCGGGGGGCCUCCGCCGCCGACAUCCGCCGCGCGUACCGGCGGCAGGCGCUGCGCUGCCACCCCGACAAGGACCGCUCCCCGGGCGCCGAGCAGCGCUUCAAGGAGGUGGCCGAGGCCUACGACGUGCUCAGCGACCCCAAAAAACGGGAGAUCUUCGACAAGUACGGGGAGGAGGGGCUGAAAGGGGGAGCCCCGGCCCCCGGGCCGGGGGGCUCCAACGGCCCCACCUUCACCUACACGUUCCGCGGCGACCCGCACGCCAUGUUCGCCGAGUUCUUCGACGGGCGCAACCCCUUCGACACCUUCUUCGUGCAGCGCAACGGCGACGAUGAGGACGGCGACGAGGCCUUCAACACCUUCCACGUGGGGGGCUUCGGCAGCGUCAGCUUCCCGCGGGGCCGGGGGGGCGAGGGCCGCAAGCAGGACCCCCCCGUGCUGUACGACCUGCGCGUGUCGCUGGAGGAGAUCUACAGCGGCUGCACCAAAAAGAUGAAGAUCUCCCACAAGCGCCUCGGCCCCGACGGGAAGACGGUGAGGAACGAGGACAAGAUCUUGACCAUCGAGGUGAAGCGAGGGUGGAAGGAGGGCACCAAGAUCACCUUCCCCAAGGAGGGCGACCAGACCCCCAACAACAUCCCGGCCGACGUGGUGUUCGUGCUCAAGGACAAGCCGCACGACGUGUUCCGCCGCGAGGGCUCCGACAUCGUCUACCCGGCCAAGAUCAGCCUGCGUGAGGCUCUGUGUGGCUGCACGGUGACGGUCCCCACGCUGGACGGCCGCUCCAUCCCCAUGGUGUUCCAGGACGUGCUCAAGCCGGGCGUCAAGCGCCGCGUGCCGGGCGAGGGGCUGCCCUUCCCCCGCUCGCCCGAGCAGCGCGGCGACCUCGUCAUCGAGUUCGAGGUCAAAUUCCCCGACAGGAUCCCCCCGGCCUCCAAAACCCUCCUGGAGCAGAUCCUGCCCCUCUAGUGCCCCCCAGAACCCCGCCCGGGGCCUGCGGGGGUGCGGACUCGGGGGGAGACCCCCAGGAACACCCCCGGCGUUGGGGGGGUCUCACUGUGCUCCUGCGCCUCGGGGGGUUUUGGGGUGUCCCUGUCCCCAAUCUCGGAGCUCGGAGGGGUUUUGGGGUCACCCCGCUCUCCCGGGGGGUUUUGGGGUAACCUGAUGGGACAGAAGUUGUUCCCGCUGUCUCAGGGGGUUUUUGGGGUGUCCUUGUCCCCCAUCUCAGAGUUUGGGGUCACCUGGUGGGGGCUGACCUUGUCCCCGCUGUCCCGGGGGGUUUUGGGGUGUCCCUGUCGCCAGUCUCGGAGCUCGGAGGGGUUUUGGGGUCACCCCGCUGUCCCGGGGGGUUUUGGGGUGUCCCUGUGCCAGUCUCGGAGCUCGGAGGGGUUUUGGGGUCACCUGAUGGGGCAGAAGUUGUUCCCGCUGUCUCAGGGGGUUUUUGGGGUGUCCUUGUCCCCCAUCUCAGAGUUUGGGGUCACCUGGUGGGGGCUGACCUUGUCCCCGCUGUCCCGGGGGGUUUUGGGGUGUCCCUGUCGCCAGUCUCGGAGCUCGGAGGGGUUUUGGGGUCACCCCGCUGUCCCGGGGGGUUUUGGGGUGUCCCUGUGCCAGUCUCGGAGCUCGGAGGGGUUUUGGGGUCACCUGAUGGGGCAGAAGUUGUUCCCGCUGUCUCAGGGGGUUUUUGGGGUGUCCUUGUCCCCCAUCUCAGAGUUUGGGGUCACCUGGUGGGGGCUGACCUUGUCCCCGCUGUCCCGGGGGUUUUUUGGGGUGUCCCUGUCCCCAGUCUCGGAGCUCGGAGGGGUUUUGGGGUCACCCCGCUGUCCCGGGGGGUUUUGGGGUGUCCCUGUCCCCAGUUUCGGAGGGGUCUUGGGGUCACCCCAGUGUCCCCCCCUGUUCCGGGGGUUUUGGGGUCACCUGAUGGGGGCAGAAGUUGUUCUCGCUGUCUCGGGGGGUUUUGGGGUGUCCUUGUCCCCCAUCUCGGAGCUCGGAAGGGUUUUGGGGUCACCCCCCUCUCCCAUGGGAUAUUGGGGUGUCCCCCCCCGGCGUGGAGGUCCGGGUGACCUUUGUGCUGUGGUUUGGGGGGUCCCGAGGUGACUUUGUGGGAAUUUGGGGGUCCCCGGGGUCUUUGGGGGGGGUCUGUCCUCGUCACCCCAUUUCUGUGCUUUGGGUGCUCUCCC